CCUUGUAAACAUGAACAACGUUUCAAAAGCUGUUGCUUUCCUAGCAGUUUUACUUUCAGAUUGGCUCUACUCUUCAACUUGGGCUGAAACUUUCCCGCCCCUUAAUUGCUCCACCUCCUCUGUUCGCAGCUGUGACGCCUACAUUUAUCUCCGUAAUGUCACUGAACCCCUCAAAUCUGUUGCAUCCAGAUUCAACAUUUCUACCGAGGAAAUCACUCCCUUUACUGCCCCAAAUUAUUUGGCCAAAAUUCAGUGUUCUUGCUCAUAUUUCAUGGGAGUUGAGGCAUUCUUUUACAGGCUGAAUUAUACGGUGCAACCUUCUGAUGUGGGUUUAGUGGAAAGAGAGAUUUCCGACAAGUACUUUAGCUAUACUGCAUGGACGGAAAAUCAACUCAGUACAUACAAAUCAGGAGAUAAUAUAAAACUAGCCCUGGGUUGUGGGUGCCCUAUUCCUGGAUGGCAUUCAAUUGUUUCUUAUGCAGAUCCUACGGAGGGUACGCUUUCGAAGAUAACUAGAAAAUUUGGCUCCAACAUUGGCGACAUAAUAAGUCUUAACAACAUCAAGAACCCGGACAUUAUACGGACGAACAGAGUAUACUUUAUUCCUUAUAAAAACGAUGGCAAUACUUUGACAUCUCGACCUCCUGUUCUUCCACCGACCAUUUCCAAUAGUAAUGGUACACAACAGAACCAGCACAAAUCCAAUAACAGACAACUAAAAUGGAAAGUUUCUCUUCCGAUUGCUGGUAUAAUUCUGCUCCUGAUGUUGUCAGUAAUUACUUUUUACUAUGGCUGGUCCAAGAAAGCUUCCUCUCCUUCUCGGUCUUCUACAGCUAUAGAAAAUGGACAAACUGAAAAUUGGGUAGCAUCGAUGUCAGAAACUAUAGCUGUAAAUGGAACAGAGCAGGAGCAGGAAGAACAAGAGCAAUUGGAUCCAUGUCUUUCACUGCCCACCUUUACAAACCUUACACAUGGUGAGAUCAUUCAAAUGAAAAGCCAUUGUACACAACAUUACGAAAUUGGGGAAGGGAGCUUUGGAAGAGUGUAUAUAGGUAAUUUGAAAGAUAAAGAUGUGGCUAUAAAGAAAAUAAAACGUGCAGGGAGAGACAGCAAGAAAUUUGUUGAGAAUGAAGUGAGACUUUUGCAAGAUAAGGAGCACAAAAAUUUAGUCUCUCUACUUGCAUGGUGUAUUGAAGAAAACACAUUCUAUUUGGUAUAUGAAUAUGUUAAUGGAUGCACUCUGGAUGAGUACUUGAGAGGAAGUUUUGCACGGUUUUCUCUGAAUUGGAAGCAAUGCCUUAGGAUAAUAUCAAGUAUAGCUGAAGGAUUAGAAUUCUUACAUCUCAAUAAAAUCAUACAUCUUGAUAUCAAACCUCAGAACUUGAUGGUGGACAGUAAGGAUAACGAGGUUAAAAUUAUAGACUUCGGGCUCUCGAGGCACGUAGACUGGGAAGGCACCCACAGAUCAACUGAUAGAGUAGCAGGUACUAGAGGGUAUUGGGCUCCAGAGUAUUGCCUCAACCAUAAACUCUCGUACAAGCAUGAUGUUUACAGUUUUGGUAUUGUGGUGUUGGAGGUGAUAACAGGGCAGAAGCAUGUUGACAAUGCACGUGGCUCAAGCCAGUUUCAUAUUCCAGAUUAUGUACGCUAUAUGAUGGCCAGUAAUCGCUUAGAAGAAGCUUUGGACAAAAGGCUCAGAGUGGAAGGCUGUGAUAAGUGUGAUCUUAUGAAUGCUUUGGCUGUGGCAAAAUUAGCCCUGAAAUGUGCUGAGCCGAACAAGGAAGAGAGACCUGAUAUGAGUUAUGUGGUGAGACUACUCAAUAGCAUGAACAAAGACAAUACUAAAGAAGAGUCUUCUGAGAUGGGUGAUUGUUCAAAGUAGCAUAUUGAAGCCAUAACAUUUUCCUUAUUGAAUAUGCAUGAUCAAUGUGUUGUUUGCAUG